AUGGCGUCAGAAUUUGUGCCUAAGACACCUGAAAUUGGUUCCUUGACCGCUCACUCAAACGAGGACAGCCAGUUCGUCGGCAGCUCUAGCGGCGUCUACUUCAUAAAGACAGUCAAACGUGCAUUCAACGACAUAGAUGGCCUAGACUCAUCCGAAUCCAAUUUCCCCACAGCAGAGGAAACACUGGUAGGCGUCGAGGACUCACCUCGCGAAAAACGCCAGCGCACCUCAUCUGUCAGGGACACGGCCUCAUCCGCGGAUGCAGUCGAAUCUCCCACCGAAUGGACGUACGACCCAUCAUUGAUCGGGUCCAUGGGCAAUCUCCCACCCCCAGAAGUAGCGAAGAACCUGAUGAUGAUGUACUUCAAAGUAUGGCACCCUCUAUUUCCAUUUUUGCACGGUCCCACCUUCCUGCAGGCGAUGGAGAAGAUCUAUGCCCGGGGUACGAAUCAGAGCCAGCAUGCGCAGAGAUCAUGCAUUGAUCACCGCAGUACAUGUUGGACAACCAUUCUUCAAUGUGUCUUCAACCUCGGCAGCCUGCUAGCCCCGGAUCUCAAUCUCCCACCUGAAUCAAAGAUCCAAUCACCCAACAGCAUCAACUCUCUGCUUGGGACUCUUUCGUCGCGACAUGAUAUUGUGUCACUGCAAGCGCUUCUGGCUAUCCAAGUCUACCUUGUGGCGAAGAUGUCACUUCGUCAAGCAUCAACUGUCGGCGGAUGUAUUCUACGAUCUAUGCUCCAUGCAGGUCUCCACCGGUGUCCCUUUCGAUACAAGCAACUUUCCACACACGACAGGCAGCUGCGUAAGCGAAUAUUUUGGUGUGCGUACGCGAUCGAUAGAUACUUGAGCCAGGCCCUAGGGCUACCGCUCGGUAUACAAGAUUCUGAUAUUGAUGUGUGUCUUCCUGCUGCUCCUGAGAUGCAUUCACCCCGCGCUCAGACGACUCAAGCUGCGAACAGAAAGGCGCUGGUCUCAGUGUCUACGGAAAAAAGUCAUACACGUGAGCAGUCAGAACUUGCGAGUGGUGGCCAUGCUCGAUUAAAUCUGGCGAAUCUGGCGACACGACAUGGUGAUAAAGAAGACAUCGGAAAAGAGGGUAUUCUCGCCAGCUAUGUGGACUCUGGGACCCUCACCGGGCGGGCAUUGGAGCUCUUCCACAAAUCCAUCUUGGUACGAUCUGUCCGUCGCAGUUCUGUUCUGUUCUUGGUCACAGACGUCCACAAAUGGUGGAAUGGCCUUCCAUUAGAGCUCCAACAAAAGCCAGUGGCAUUUGAGCAGCGGAGGGGGCCGGCGAUGGCUGAUAAUGCAUUUGAUUUUGGUCCCUUCUUCAGUGUGCUAUAUCAACAUCUCAUUCUGAUAAUUCAUCGACCUUCGCUUUCGCUGGAUCCAUCAACUGCGGAGUUCUGCUCCGGACUGCAAACUUGUAUCGGGGCUGCUCGGUCUAUUCUUUCUGCACUCAGAUUGCAAGUUGACAGCCAUCAGGCUCUAUUCUGGCCUGGAUUUCUGUCGGCGGCGUGGAUGUCCGGGCUAGUUUUGGCUUUGGCUUGUCAACUCAAGCAGUACGUGUUGACCAAGGGUCUCCAGGAGAUUGAUGAGAUCUCAAAAUUUUUACACCUGAUGUCUCCUCAAUGGGAGACAGCCAAACACUGCCACAUGUCGCUUUCAGUGUUGGCCGCCAAAAUCCAACAACCAGGCAGCAGUUCCGAUCCAUCAGCGAACUCACAGGCCUAUGCGACGAGAGGAUCCGAAGGUAGCCCGGACCUUGUGGAUUCUUUAAAUGCACGCGAAGAGAGUCGACGACGGCUCGAGUUGUCGCCUUUGCCAGAAGGCCGCCACACGCCUACAGAUGGGUCCAACCCUGAAUAUCGGAGUCAUCAAGCAAUUGAUUCAAAUAUAGAUGAUACAUGGAGGGGACAGGAUACUGCAUGGGGUCAGUCGACUAAGCUACUAAACAUGAACGAACACGCCCCUCUCGCUGAUACACCCUCGUCUCUACAAAUGGAUUCCCAGAACACGGAUCCACCUCACUUUGAAGGGAUCCCGAACUUUGACUUGAAUAUGGUGGAUUUGAUCCAGGGAGCUAAUUUCGAUACCUUGUUUGAUCUGAUCGGACAGCAAUAUCCAAGCUUCUGA